CUAACAGUGACUUAGAAAUGAAACUUGUACUGCCAUUGGUGGAUGGAAUGUCUACUGAACUGGGAAAUAUUUACAGUUUACUCGAAACAGAGAAGCGCAGAGACUGAUCUAGGCUGGACACAGAGUGACAGUUUGAAAUGGAAAAUAUUCUUGGACAUUAUUUAACUAGAAGUCAUAAGAAGGCAGAAGAGGAAGUGGGCCAAAAUGACCAUGGGCCUAUGAAAACAAGCUGCAGCAGCUCUUUGUCACCAAAUGUGGGAAACAUUUCUAGAUAUUACUUAACUAGAAGUAAUAAGAAGGCAGAAGAACUAGUAAUAUCAAGUUUCAACUGGAAAGAUACAGAGAAGGAAAAUAUGUCCUCAGAUAUUGUCUCUGACUCAUCUGAAGCUGAAGUGGGCAAAAAUGACUAUGGGCCUAUGAACACACGUUGCUGCAGUAGCAGCAGCAGCUCGUUGUCACCAAAUAUUUCUAGAAAUUACUUAACUAGAAGUCAUAAGAAGGCAGAGGAGUUAGUAAUGUCAAGUUUCAAUGCAGAUAAGGACAAUUUUUCCUCAGGCAUUGUCACUGCCUCAUCUGAAGAGGAAAUGGGCAAAAAUGACUAUGGGCCUACAAACACAAGUUGCAGCAGCUCUUUGUCACCAAAUGUGGAAAAUAUUUCUAGAAAUUACUUAACUAGAAUGAAAAAGAAGUUGGAGGAACAAAAAACUACCUCAAAGAUUGACUGGAAACGAACUAAGAAGGACAGCAUUUCACAGGUUAUUUCUUUAAGUGAUGAAAGCACUAGUAACACUGAAGAUGAAAUGGACGAAAAUGAUGAAGAAGAUUUGAGCAGCAGUAGCAGCAUGUCAGAAAGAAAUAAUCCAAAGCAAGAAGAAAAAAAUACUUCUGCAGAGGAUUUUGAGGAAGAACAUAUCACUAAACCAAAACGAAGAAGAUCCUCUGCAGUAUUGAAUGAUAGUGAUACCAGCUCUGACAGUGAAGGCCCUAUAAGAAAAGUGUUUAGCAAGCGCCACUGUAUUUUAGAUUAUGAAGAUGAAUCUAGUAAUGAAAAAAUAACUUCAAGCCUCAAUAAUGACACACAAGCAACAAAAGUUACAGAAUCAACGGAGGAUGUAGUUGAAGGAAACUCAAAGAAGCAAAAGCUUGAGAAGCUUAAACAGCUCGCAAAGAAAACGCAAAAAUCCAAAAAUCUAUUGACUAGCAGUGAGGACAGUGAUGUUGAAAUGAAUGAUUUACCCCUUUCACUGUCUGAUGACAAUGACGAUAGUGAUAGUCUGAGCAACUUCAUAGUCAACGAUGAAGAAGACGCACAAGAUGGCGACACUAGUCGCUUCCGUUUAGCUGCACACCAGGAAUUGUUUUUAAAGCACCACAUUCCUCUCCUCUCAAGCAACGAUCUUGGUAGCCACUUUGAGAGAGUGAUAAAGGCUUUCCUUAUCAAUAUUAUUGACUCUACUUUCCUAGUUAGUCUCUAUGAUGGAACAAGGCAGAAAAAAUAUGCAAAGGAAAUGUUAAAUUCCCUUAACUACUUAGAUGAAAGAAUUAUUCUUCCUCGUCUUGCGAAACUGACGACAAGCUGUCGCUGGAGCACACGGUACAAGGAAAGAGUAGAUUGCUACCCUCUGCUUCACAUCAAGUCCAUAUAUGCUCGUGACCAGCCCUGUCAAGCAUGUCAACUCCAACGGCAUUGCAGAUUUCAAGUGAUGUUAUCAGGCCAGUCUUAUAAUGGCAGGUCCAUGGAAUCUGACGAUUUUAUGUCCAAUGACAAGCAGUUGUUUCAGAUUGGUAAAGUUUGUUCUGCUCGUACAGAAGUUUAUCACCAACUUAAACAUUAUAAAUAUUACCUAUACAAGAAAUGUAGUCCAUACAUUCAUGAUGUCAGUGAUAAGUCUGCCAAAGAAAUUGUGGAAACAAGUUUCAAUUUGAUGGCAAACAAAGGAAUCAUUAAAAAGGAAUUUAACACGCUUGAAAACUAUUUGAAUGAAGCAGACUACUUCCAAGAAGAACAAUUAUAAUUAUAUAAUAUAUAAUUUAUCUGUACUGCUAUAUAUUUUAAAUUAACUGACCAGUUAUGCGCUUUAUGUUAUAAAUAUCAUUGACCUUUUUAUUUGUAAGCGUUAUUUUAUAGGUCAGAUAAAUCUAGCUCUUAAUUGUAAGCUGUUUUAUUGUUUUUGACCAUUGAAUAGUGGCAGUUACUGAUAUUCAAGGUUGGGUGGGCAUAAAACUUUACUUCAGACAACUAAAUAUACGGCACCAUAACUUGCCCUUACCCAGACAAAAAGAGAGGGUGAGGUAGUAAGCAAAAAUCUUAUAGUUUAGCAUUUAGUGUUUAUUUCAAGAAUAAAUUAGCACCUACUGUACAAACAACAGGUUUUGUACUCACUUGAGUUGACCUCAAGACAGUGAAAGUUAUUUAAAACCCAUACAAUUACGACGAAUGGACAUGUUACAGAUGGGUUUGUCUAGAAAAUUCCAAUAUAUAUUUUUCUCUCUUUUUUCUCUCUUCCCUAUUUCCACCCCCCAUUCCUUAUAAACGCCCUCUGGGGUAGAUUUAUUAUAUGCCGGGUGGACAUGAUUCGCUGUAGCGUAUCAUGUCCGCCCAACAUCACUAAAUGCCGACAGCAUACUCUGUCGGCAUAUAACAUUGCACAAGCAUUUCUUGUGAAAAUGCUUGUGCAAUGCCUCCCCCUGCACAUUCACAGCCAAUCGGCCGCUAGCAGGGGGUGUGAAUCAUCCAGAUCGGAUCUGGAUGAUUGUAGUGCGCCACCUAAAAGGUGACGGACAAGUUACGCUUCUUAACUUAAGUAUCCAUCAAGCCGGAAACUUUUAGGCGGAGACAGCAGCAUCCACUGCUUGUUAAAUCUGGCCCAUUUCUCUCACUAUCCUCCUUUUUAUAUUGCAAUCGCUACACCCUCACCACCAUUUUUUUGGAUGUAGUUAUCGAACUCUAUACCAAAGUUGGUUGAGGAUAUUUUCCUUAGGAGAGUGGUGUAGGAAAUUAGAGAAUCUAAAUAACAACAGCAAUACCUAUUAACUUAUUAGUAUUCAUACACCUGAAGGACCAUUAAAUAAAGUAGAAUUGCAUAAUUAACAAGCACAUAAUAAAAAUACAACAUAAUAGCACUUAAUCUGAAGUUUAAAUCAGAAGUAAAAAAAAUGACAAAUUUCUAAAUUAACUUCAAUUUGCUGCUCCUCUAUAUCAUGUGACUGAUAUCAGACUCAUAUAUGAAUAGAAAAAUGAGUUACAAAGUCUGUAACAAAAAAGAGUGAAUUACCCCUACAAUUAUAUAGGAAAAAUUCUCACUAAAUAAUACAGGAGCGAUUUUUAACUAUUCAUACUUUAUCUUUAUUGGUUUAACUAUUCAAUCAUACACGUUUAAAAACACUUAAACUCAUAUCAUAGGUAUGUGAAUAAUACCUCUGAGAAUCAUGUAUCUAGAUGUGAAACAUUGUACUUGGUUUGUAUAAUAUCAAGCAGUCAGAUACAAACAAUAUCUUUUGUAGCCGGCUAUUAAUAAAUUCAGAAAUAAUGCUGUAACAAGAGGACCUGUUAAUAUGUGGGAUGUCAGAGUAUGAUAUUAAAGCUAUCUAGCUAAUACUCUAUCUGUAAUUAUAAAGUCCUUGCUUGCACAGUUAACUUUAGCACAGCUGCUCAGUGUAAUAGAUUCUGUCUGCUUUAGCCCCUUCUAUAGUGGGGGGCUAGAUUAACGUUUAACUGACUUGUUUCACUAUCAUAGCAUAAAGUCUGAUCUCAGAAUAUAACAUACAUUUACAAGCUAUUGGCAAUCAACAAUUAUCAUAGGGAGUACGCGGUUAAAAAAUUAGAGUAUGAACUCUCUGAAGCCAGAUCCCUGACACGUGUUUCGCUCACACUUCCUCAGAGGGUUUAACCGCUUACUCCCUAUGAUAAUAGUUAAUUGCCAAUAGCCCAGUAUGUACUAAACCAUUAGAACCACUAGAGGGAGCUGCUUAUAAUAUUAAAUAUAGGAGUGAAAAGGAGGAAGAAAAUUCGAAGUGGUUAUCAGAAUUGAAUGAUUGAAUAAAAAUGAUUCAGUGGACAA